CAGAGUAGUACAGUAUUGCUAUAGGGCAGUGUUUCUCAACUCCAGUCCUCAUGGACCCCCAACAGGUCAUGUUUUCAGGAUUUCCCUCAGAUGAAACAGCUGUGGUAAUUACUAAGGCAGUGAAACUGAUCAAAUCACCUGUGCAAAAUAAUGGAAAUCCGGAAAACAUGACCUGUUGGGGCUCCAUGAGGACUGGAGUUGAGAAACACUGCUUAGAGCAGGCGUCUCCAAACUUUCUAAAGAAAGGGCCAGUUUACUGUUCUUGAAAAUUUAGUAGGGAUGGACUAGGGUCAGUGGGAAUAG